UUUGAAACCCUUUUGCUCCGGUUGUGUUGAGAGUUUUAAGAGGUAUACAGCAGCCAAUCCAGAGACCUCGCUAACGGUGUUUUAUACACGAUAUUUUACGUCGUCCAACUAUCGAGAUAUGGCGUGUGGCGGACUCAUGGCCGCUCCGGUCUGUCUCAUUGAAAACGAUGAUAAUGGGAAGCUGCGCUUGAGAAAAGAGGCCAAAGACAUUCUGGAUGGGAUCAAUGAGCCGGUGGUGGUGGUGUCUGUGGUGGGACUCUACCGUACGGGGAAGUCUUACCUUAUGAACCGCCUGGCAGGACAACAGUCCGGCUUUGCUCUCGGCAGCACCAUUGAAUCAAAGACCAAAGGCAUCUGGAUGUGGUGUGUCACUCACCCCUAUAAAGAAGGACAUACUCUUGUGCUGCUGGACACAGAGGGACUUGGCGAUGUAAAGAAGGGGGAUGAGAAACAUGACACAUGGAUCUUCUGUCUGUCGGUUCUUCUCAGCAGUACUCUAGUGUACAACAGUUUAGGGGUCAUUGACAACACAGCACUGGAAAAGCUGCACUACAUUACAGAGCUGACAGAGAACAUUCGUGUGAAGGCAGAAGUGGGUCAACAUGAGGAGGAGUCGGCAGAUUUCAUGCGUGUUUUUCCAUCGUUUGUCUGGGCUGUUCGUGACUUUACUUUGGAACUGAAAAUGGGAAAUAAGCAAAUAACAUCAGACGAGUAUCUGGAGAGUGCAUUGACACUCAAAUCAGGUAGCUCACCUCAGACUGAGCAGUACAACCUGCCCCGCCGCUGUCUGCGCCAUUUCUUUGCGGUGAGGAAGUGCUUUGUGUUCCCUCGGCCUGCUAGUAGUACAACCUGCCCCGCCGCUAAAAGAAUGGAGGAACUGACAGAGAAAGAAUUGGAUUCAGAGUUCCUUGAGCAGGCAAACACCUUCUGUCAUUAUAUUUUUGACAGUGCGGAUCCAAAAACUGUCACCGGAGGCCGUACAAUUACUGGAACAGCUCUGGGUAAUCUUGCUGAGGUUUAUGUCGAAGCGAUCCGCAGUGGUAAGGUUCCUUGUUUGGAGAAUGCAGUCGUGUCUCUGGCUAAGAUCCAGAAUGUCCGUGCAGUGGAACAGGCCCUGCAGUUCUACAUGACUGAGAUGCUCAGCAUGGCUCAGCUUCCUAUGCGCCCAGAAGAGCUGUCCGACAUCCACACAGUCACAGAGAAGAAGGCCAUUGACGUUUUCAUCAUCAUGUCCUUCAAUGACAAUGACCAGAUCUACCAGCAAGAGCUCAUGGGGAAAAUGUAUGAUGAAUAUCAACAGAUAUGCCAGCAGAAUCAGGAAGAAUCUGUCCAGCAGUGUGAAGCUGUUCUGCGUGAGGUGUUUGAUACACUGGAAGAAAGUGUUGUUGAUGGAUCAUACCUGAGACCUGGAGGAUACCGACAGUACAAAGACACGCUCACACAGCUGACCAAUGACUACAGAGCAAGAACACGUUCACAAAUAAUGAGUGAAGAAGUGUUGAGCAAGUUUUUGAAAGCAAAGGAAGAUAUUGGGAAUAUGAUUCUAGGAGCUGACCAAUCUCUGAGUGCAGCAGAACAGGAAAAAGAGGUGCAGAGGUUGAAGAAUGAGAUUCUGGAGCAGCGGCAAAGAGGUCUAGAGGAACAGAACUGCUUACAGGAGCAGGCGUUUAAAGACAUGCAGAGAACCCAUAAGGAACAUGUGAAUCAGAUCAUUAGUCAGACGGAAAAAGAGCAGGAGAGAAUGAGAAGAGACAAUCAACGAGUCCUGGAAGCCAAACUAAGAGAGAAGGACGCUCUUCUACAGAAGGGCUUACAGGAGCAAGCCUCCCAGAUGCAGAGGCAGAUUGACCACUUAAAAUCAGAAAUGCAUAAAGAAGAGGAGUCAAAACCAUCUGCAGUCAGCCGGAUUAUGGAUGGUAUCGGUGCCGCAGCAGAAUUGAUCUUGCCGGGCUUUGUUAGCCGUGGUUUGUCUGCUGUCUCGAAAUGGUUUAAAUAAGUGCAGAAUGAAUAUGCUUCUCUCACGCAUGUCAUUCACUCUAAAGGGCCGUUCACACCAAGGAUAACUAUAUUAGUGUUCACACCCAGGGACAAUAAGUUUCUCCUUAAUUAUAAGCAUGCGCUGAUGUCAUAUGCCACUCUUUAAUGUCAGAUGGAUUCUGACUGGCUGAGUGGCUGUCAAUAUUUUUUAUCAUUCAUCAACUGGAAAAAAAAUCAUUCUGAAAGUGCCCCUUUCAUACAGUAGAUGUGUAGACUUCGCCAUUUAAUAUUUUAAAAUUCUGAAUGAUUUUGAGGACAUUAUCAUUAUAGUUAUCAUCCUUGGUUUGAACAGGCCGUAAGCCUCCAAGCAAUCAGGAUUAUGGUGCUUUCAAUAUAUUAUUUACUCUGGUGAAUCCUGGUGUAAAAACACUUUAAAAAGCUGUCAAAAUGCUAAAAAGUAUUUAUGUCUUGGAAAAAAAUACCACAAAAAAAGCCCAGAAAGAUUAGAAAUGUAUCAU